CUGCAGUGCCUGGCCCCAUAGCCCUGCCCCAGGAGGAGAUGGCCACAGAGAAGCCAGUGACUCCCACUGAGGAGCAGCUGGAGAUCCUGGAAUACAACUUCUGCAAGGUGAACAAGCAUCCUGACCCCACCACGCUGUGCCUCAUUGCGGCUGAGACUGGGCUCUCUGAGGAGCAGACCCUGAAAUGGUUCAAGCAGCGCCUGGCAGAGUGGAGGAAGUCUGAAGGGCUGCCCUCAGAAAGCGGGUCUGUCAGGGACUAGAGGAUGCUGCUCCGAUCCCCAUGCCUGCUGUAAAUGAUGGUGAAGCUCUUCAGAGUGGGUUUCCUUGGGAUUCUGUUGCAAUAAGUUUUAGAUACAAAGUAAUACCCUGCUAUUUAACAUAAUUCUUAUUUAAAGUGUACAUAAUCAGGAAAAAAAUAUUAUAUAUAUGUGUAUACAGCUUCUGACGGCUGCAUAACCUGUCUAGUGGUUCCUAUCCAUCAACAGCGGCUGCCCAGGGCAAAACAAUCUCAUGCCCUUGUCCCAGGCUUGCAGAAAAGCUGCCAUGAAAGGUUCAAAUACAGA